UAUCCAAGAGAAUGAAGACUUCAAAACCCUGACGAGCAAUGGUAAAGUUGUCAAAAAGAUAUAUCGCACUAUUGGAAUAAUUCUUGUUAUUUUGGCAAGCAUCUUCUUUUAUGUUUCUAUCAGGAUGAAAAGCAAGGUCAACGUAGGAGCUUUAACUCCGCCUGCUCCUGCACCAGUUGCACAGACGAAAACAAACAUAAAAUACCGUCCGCAUAUUGACUCUACUAUAAACGAAAGAGUCCCGUCAACGUUAUACCGCAACGUUAGCAGAAAUCAUUCAAAACAGUUGUCAAACACCGAUACUAGUAUACGUAGUACCAAUAAGAACAGAAGUGAUCGAAACAAAUUGGAAAAAGGUCGACAGAAAGACAAAACAAAAGAUAUGCAGGAAAAAGAGGGUGAUAAAAGCAAAGCAAAUGCCACAGUUCUCAGUCAUAGAAAAAUUGUUUUGAUUAUAGCGUACAUGAGAACUGGAUCGACUUUAACAGGCUCUAUCUUUCAAGAAUACCCAGACACAUUCUAUGUUUUUGAACCAGUUAGAUUGAUAAAUCAAGCUUUCAAAGGAAAAGACCAAAAAGAUAAAACGAAUGUGACACUGAAAUACAUCAAUGGAACUAAAAGGCAAUACAAGACAUCAGAAAGAAACAAAGUUGUUUUGGAUGAAAUUAACAGUUGGUUAAAUUGCAAGUUGGACUCUAUCAGUACACAAAGCCUGACAAACGUUCAUCAUAAGACUUUCACAAAAAUCAUGAAAACGUUUUAUUUUUGUAGUAAAAAAUACAUUUCUAAGAGCACAAAGGCGGGAAAGGCAAGCAGUGCCUCCUUCAAAGAGACCAACGCGAAUCUAAAACAUUGCCUUAAAAAGGCAGAGGAAUCUUGUCAGAAAUCACCGCUAGUGGCGCUUAAGUUUAUACGCUUGAGGAUGAAGGAUGUUGCAAAGUUGUUGCCAUUUUAUCCAAACAUGAAAAUAAUACAUCUUGUUCGUGAUCCGAGAGGAAUACUGAUAUCUAGAAUUAAACUUAAGGCGAUCACAACUAAAAAUUACCAAGCGAAAGUAAAAUCACACUGUUCUUCGAUAGAACAAGAUCUAAAAUUUUCAAAAGCCAUUCUACAAACAUAUUCAGAUAGGUUGAAAAUUGUUUACUACGAAGAUAUUGCUGAAAGACCACUAGAAACUACACGAGCAUUGACUGAAUUUGCAGGAUUAAGGUUUGUAAAAUCUAUGCAAACUUUUAUCGAGAAACAAACACAUGCAUCACGUGAUUCAGGUCCUUACGCUACUCAAAGAAGAAAUUCUAAGACAACGGCCAAAAAAUGGAGAACCUUGAUUGACCCAGAAAUGGCGAAAUAUACAUACAAUGCGUGCAAAACAAGCAAUUUUGUUUUAGGUUAUCUCCCUUUACUAUCUGUCAAAGCGCUAAGAAAUCUAACGAUACCGUCAAGAAAGUUACAAGACGUAGUGAAAAAUUUGUAAAACUAUCUUGAAUAAUGAAUAUAAAUGGGUUUAAGGUUGAUAUGCACUUAGUGACUUUGAAAUUAAUAUAUCAUAGUUUGGCCAUUUGGGAAAUAUAUAUUUGAUUAUAAAAACACAUGAUUUCGCGACAGACUUGUUCCGAUACUAGUAAAAGGGCCGUCAUGUUGACAACUACGUAAAACUGAACACUUUAUGUGGCUGUAUAAUUGAGCACAGUUAUAUUUAUACAUAUGAAAAUUUUAAUUAACCCUUAUCAUGCUCUGCCUUUGUGACCAGUGUAGUCAUGAUCUGCACUGUUUGUGCAGUCUGAUCAUAAUCUGCACUGUUCGCCAUUCAAUCAGAAACGUUUCGGUAUGCACCCCUUUGAACAGUUAAUGGUACUGUCUAAACUGAAAGACGGACAAUAUCAUUAUAGAAAUUAAGCAGGGUAAGGGUUAAGGUGGUGAACCCGU